AAGAAAUUGUCUUAGUUCGAGGAUGAUCGACGUGCUCGUUUCGUCGUCGUUCGUUCCUCGAGAUGACGAUUUCUCUUACUCGGAAAGAGUUUCGAACGUUCGCACACGUGUAAUACGUAUACGUGUGUUUCGAAGCGAUCGAGCGUCGUGGACGUGUGAGAAUAGACCGCGCUGGUGGUGACCGAGUCUGUGUUUCUGUGGAAGCGAUGGAAGAAGACGAGCUACUGCCCUCUUCACUUUCGCUUUCUUCUCGGUUGUUGUCGUAACGGCGAUAUAAUUUUCGAAUAGGAUCUCGACUAUCGGAGGGGAUCCGCCGAUGCGGGAUCGUCUCGCGGGACGGUUUCUCGUCCGAUUCUUCCGAACGGUAUCCUCUCGCGAACGAUGAGAAAUUGAAAGAAUGAAUUUCAGUCGUUUCUGGCCAGCAGCAGUCGUGUGAACUGGAUCGAAUAGGAAUUUGGAUUUUUACUAUCGUUGUCGGUGGCUCUCUUCGACGAACUCGAUCGUGCGUUGCUGGAAACGUUUGAAUUGUAUGCGAAAUGGAACGAGACGACUUGUCCUGGACCUGUGCGGCGGCGCGUGUAUCGAACCACUGGUAUCGCCGGCAUCGCCGCUCGCCGCCAGCUAUUGUGUCCUUUGCGCGGCCGGCGGGCGAACGUGAAUUGUAUUCCGUUCCGUUCGUCCGAGGGCGGCGUGUGUUUCCUACCUACGUUUUUUUUUGACAAGAGACGACGUGACAUAACCUAACCUAUGGACCUGGCGCGGUUGAAAAUAGUUCUACGCGUUGAUACGUCCCCACUGCUUGAUAAAUAAUAAAUGAAUACGGUUAGCGGCAGUAGGUUGCUACGGAAAAUUUACAUUGCGAGGCUUGACAUCUUCUUGAAUCUUUUUCCGCGUUGUAAAUCUCAGCCUUUUUGCUAUGACAUCGUGCCACUUUUAUCUUCUGCAUGUAUGUCCGGACUAGCGGUAAAGCAAAUAUUUCUGAGAAAUUUCUGUGUGAAAAACGUCUUGUUGGUAUCCGAAAAAUUGAUAUUGACCCGCUGUAAUUUAAUGGCAAUGAUGGCGAAUCCCACGGCACCGCAAAAGUUGAAUCAACCGAUGACUACGACGUCGAUGGAUCGCUACGCCGAAGUCUAUUACAAUCCGAGCAGCAGCAGCAGCAGCAGCAGUAACUAUGGUAUUCCGUUUCAAAUAACGGGAAAUAUCCAGGAACCGUGCGAGAGUAAUGUGCAGUCGUCGUCGUCGUCGUCGUGGCCGUCGUCGGUUUACCAUCAGGUGAAUACGUGCGUCGUCGAACCUGCGAUGUUCGCUGCUGUUCACGACCGUGAAACAUUGAUCGAUAAACAGAGAUAUAAGGCAAUGAGACAGUGGGAAACUGUUGUUAAAACAGAGAAGCUGACCACCUUCAAUUCCGAUGAGCAGCACUUUGUUGUGAGAAUACUGUCUUUUAACAUUUUGGCGCAGUGUCUGCUGGAAACGUUUUCAUAUCUGUACAAAGGACACGACCAGCGUGCGCUGUCUUGGGAAAAUAGGAGGCAGCUUCUCUUGCAAGAGAUUUUAGAAGCGCGAGCUAACGUGAUUUGUCUCCAAGAGAUGCAAGAGGAUCAUCUGCCAGAAUUUUUACGUACGUUCGAGCAAUGGGGCUACAGCUAUCUCUACAAGAAGCGAACGAACGACAAGAAAGAUGGUUUAUUAUUUUUGUAUCGUUCCGACCAGUUGAUUUUAAUCGAUCACGUGAAAGUUGAACUCUAUCAAUCGGGCAUAGAAUUAUUGAUGAGGGACAAUGUUGGAAUAGUGGCAAAGUUAGCAGUUAAAGACAAUCCUCAAACGCAAUUGGUGAUUGCUACGACUCAUCUACUUUAUAAUCCUAGACGAAACGAUGUAAGAUUGGGACAAACGCAACUUCUUUUAGCGGAAAUUGAGAGAUUCGCUUUUCUCAGGCAGACGAUGACGGGUCCCAAGUAUCUUCCAAUUAUACUGACGGGCGACUUCAAUUUGAGGCCCCAUUCUGGAGUGUACAAAUUUAUCGUGAAUGGAAGAUUUCGAUACCAAGGGAAAGCAAAAACGCUCGAACAUACGGAGAGUAAGAAACUAUCGAAUUUUCUCGUGCCUCCUCGACUUCGUAUUACCGACAAUUGUCAACACUUUAAUGUCCUGAAGUACAGAUUACUUAAGGAAGGAACGAACAGAGUGAUGUUGGAGAAUAGCGAAUUCGUUGCUGCUGUAUCGGAAGCAGAUCUUGCAGCAGCCAGCAACGCGUCUUGGUACUGCGAAGGGAACCCGGCAGCGGCGACGGCGGAAAAUACCGACACCGAUACCGUUCUGCAAACGAUAGAAAUUAAGGACGGUCAUCGCGUGACUUUUUGCUCCGGCACUUUGACACAUCCGUUUCGCUUCGACAGCGUGUACAAACAUCAAAAUCGUUACGGCGAGAAAGAAGCUACCACGAAUCAGGGAAAAUGGAUUACUGUAGAUUAUAUUUUUUAUAGCGGCGACUUAGAACUUCUUGAUAAAUACACUUUACCUACGCGUAGAGAAUGCAACAUUUUGCCUACGAUACCUAAUUUCGCAGUCGGUAGCGAUCAUCUUUGUUUAGGUGCAACUUUCAAAUUACCUAAGAGUAAGCUCUAAGAGUGUCUCGAUCGCUACUCGACAAUUACGAUUUAUUACGAUGUCGUUGUUGUUCUCGUAAAGAAUUCGAUCUUGGCUCCGACGUAGAUAGCAAUUUUUUACGAAUGACUAGAGAUACUUUCGGAAGAAGAAAACGUACACACACAAAACGACCAAUGAACCGAUAUUAUUUUAUUUACCAAGAAGAAUAACAAAAAACGGAAAGAAGUAUUUUCUUUGUUUUUAUGGGGGUGUACGCGAGAAAAAUUGUAGUUCUUAGCGAUUUGUAACGUAGCGUGUAUGGUACCGCCACCACGACAUAUAGAUUAAAAUUUUUAUUCAGGACGCAAAAUCGAAAUUGAAUGCAAAUUUCUGUUCUUCAA